CGUCACAGCCCCGCCCAUCGAGAGGCGCGAGAGAGGCCGGGGGAGGUGGAGCCCCUGCGCCGCCAUGCGCCUCUCGGCCCUGCUGUGCGCGGGGCGGCUGCGGCUGCCCCCCGGUUACCGGCACGGCACGUGGCGCCCCGACACCGCCGCCGCCCAGCGCCGCAACCCCCCCGGGCUGCGACGCCGCAAGGUCUUCGUGGAGCCCAUUGCCAAGGAGGACUGGAAGGUGUUUCGGGGCGAUACGGUCCAGGUCCUCGCCGGGAAGGACGCGGGGAAGCAGGCGAUGGUCACCCAGGUCGUGCGAGCCCGUAACUGGGUGGUGGUGGAGGGGCUGAACACGCACUACCGCUACGUCAACCGAACCGCCAAGUACACCGGGACGUACAUCGCCAGCGAGGCGCCGCUGCUGCUCAGCCAGAUCUCCCUGGUGGACCCCGAGGACCGGAAGCCAACGGAGGUAGAAUGGCGAUACACGGAGGAGGGCGAGCGGGUCCGCGUCUCCCUGCGCAGUGGCCGGAUCAUCCCCUUGCCCUUGCAGCAGCGCCGGGACGGCAUCGUCCCUGAGCAGUGGAUUGAUGGCCCGAAGGACACGGCGGUGGAGGAUGCGCUGGACAAGACGUACCUGCCGUCCCUGAAGACCUUUGAGGAGGAGAUCAUGGACGCCAUGGGGAUUGUGGAGACACGCAGGGCCAAGAAAUCCUACUGGUAUUAACUAGUGGGGGCUGGGGGAGAACCAGAAACAUCCCUCCCUCUCCAGGGCCGUGGUCUGCAAU